GCUGGUGUCCUCUUUGACGUGGACGGUGUUCUGCUCCGUGGCGGCUCAGUGAUCCCGGCUGCUCAACGAGCUUUCCGGAAGCUUCUGGACCGAAACAACAAUUUCCUGUUUCCUGUUGUUUUUGUCACCAAUGCAGGAAGUUGUCAGAGACAUCACAAGGCCCAACAACUGUCUCAGCUGCUGGAUGUCAAGAUCGUCCCGGAACAGGUGGUUCUUUCCCACAGUCCUUUGCGGAUGUUAAAGAGUUUUCAUGAUAAAUGUGUCCUGGUGUCAGGACAAGGGCCAGUGAGGGACAUCGCCAACACUUUGGGUUUUCAGAAGGUGGUGACCAUCGAGGAGCUCAGAGAACAUCACCCCCUGCUGGACAUGGUGGACCAUAACAGGAGACCCAAACUCUCUUUGACUCCUCUGAGGACGCUUCCCAAAAUAGAAGCAAUCAUACUGUUUGGGGAACCAAUCAGGUGGGAGACCAACAUGCAGCUGUUGAUUGACGUGCUCCUGACCAAUGGGAGUCCUGGCUGUGAGUACGACACACACCUGUCGACUCAGCUGCCAGUUCUGGCCUGUAACAUGGACCUGAUGUGGAUGGCCGAGGCCCCGUCUCCACGCUUUGGUCACGGGAUGUUCCUGCUGUGUCUGGAGUCCGUCUACAGGAAGUUGACAGGUCGGGAGCUGCAGUACCAGGCGCUGCUGGGAAAACCAAGUCUGCUCACGUACCAGUACGCUGAGCAUCUGCUGAAGCUGCAGAACCACAACCACCGGAUAAACACUGUCUACGCCAUCGGUGACAACCUAAUGACGGACAUCUAUGGUGCUAACCUGUAUAACCGCUACCUGGCUCAGCAGCAUGCUGCCAUAACUACCAGCACCAAGUUUGUUGCCCAGGGAACAGGGAGUCAGGUGACUAUGGCGGUUUCGGAGGAGGAGCUGGUGUCCACUGCUGCACAGUGUCGCUCCCUACUGGUGUGCACAGGCGUCUAUAACCCUCGCUCCCCGUUGCCUAGUGACCAGAGCAGCACCAUCACUGAGACAGUGUUCCACGGUCACAGAGACCUGGUCCUGGAGCCAGACCUGGUGGAGCCAAGUCAUGUGGUGGAAGAUGUGGAGGCUGCAGUGGAUCUGCUGCUGCAGGAGGAGGGCGCUGUUACACCUGACCUCUGACACACCGUCAGUUAUGUUGUCCAAUCAAGAUCAAUGCAGAGGACCUGAGGAGGUCUCACUCUGUCUGUUUAUCAGGAUACUGUAGACAGAUCACAUCCACAUCGGGUCCUGGUCCUGUGAGGACCUGAACAUGGAGCAGAGUCUGAACUCUGAACUCACACAGGUUCUUUAACCACUUUGAUAAAUUAAGAGCUGUUCUGAUCAUGUGACUCUUGUCACAUGACUGUGUGUGUGUAAUGUCAUUUGUCAACAGCUUUUUAUUUUACUGACAAAUUUAGUAAUAGAUUCUACAUUCAUAUUUUAGAUGAUUUAUGUUCAAACAUAAAAUAAACAAAGAAAAUCAUGUAGAAUUUUACAACAUAUUUUUUGGUGUAUUUAGUUUUUUAUUGACAAAACCCUGAACCUGAAUUAUGUCAUAACCAUGUUCCUCAUAAAAACACAAACACAUAAAACCACACGGACAAAUUCAUAAGAAAAGAGUUUUAAAAAUGAAUAAAUGA